AUGCUCAAGUCCAUCCAGAAGCAGUGCACCCUCAAAAAGUUCUCCGGACAGACCAUUGGAGUCGACGCCUAUGGCUGGCUGCAUCGCGGCGUGGUGGGCUGUGCUUUCGCCCUUGCCCUCGACAAGCCGACCACUAUCCACAUUGAUUUCGUGUUGAGCCGGGUUCGCAUGCUGCUUGACUUCGGAGUUACUCCAUAUCUGGUCUUUGACGGGGAUAAUCUGCCCAGCAAAGCAGGAACAAAUGCCGCCAGGCGCAAGAAAAGAGAAGAAAGCAGGGCAUUGGGCUUGGAACUGCACAAGGCUGGGAAAACCACGCAAGCGCAACAAGAACUUCAGAAAGCCAUCGAUGUUACCCCUCUUAUGGCUCGACAAUUGAUCGAGGAAUUGAAGAAGCUCAAUGUCCAGUACAUCGUGGCGCCCUACGAAGCCGAUGCACAGUUGGUCUAUCUAGAACAGAAGGGUAUCAUCAAUGGAAUUCUGGCUGAGGAUUCGGACAUGCUGGUUUUUGGUGCCCAACGGUUAUUGACGAAGCUUAAUCAAUAUGGCGAGUUGGUUGAGAUUGAGCGGUCGGACUUCCCCAUGUGCAGAGACAUCUCGCUUGCGGGCUGGACAGACACGAUGUUCCGACGCAUGGCCAUCCUGAGCGGCUGCGACUACUUGCCAAAUAUUGGCAAAUUGGGGUUGAAGACAGCCCAUGGCCUUGUCCGCAAGUAUACCGACAUUGAGAAGAUCCUUCGGAUGGUGCAGUUGGAAGGGAAGUUGAUUGUACCGAAUGGCUAUUUGGAGCAAUUUCGGCAUGCAGAAUUGACCUUUUUACAUCACCGAGUCUUCUGUCCGAUUGCACAAAAAGUGGUGUACCUGAACGACCUUGGUCCCGGGAUGUUGGAUUCAGACAUGCCGUUUCUGGGGCCUGAUGUGGAAGCUUCCACAGCACUUGGUGUCGCCUGCGGUGAUCUUGAUCCAUUCUCGAAGAAACCCAUUCAGCUGAACAGCAAACCGUUGGUUCGCCCGGCCCUGGGAGAGCGCAGGAGCCAGAGCUAUGCGUCCGUCCCCGACUUGAAGGCGAAGAAGUCCUUAGAGACAUUUUUCAAGCCUCAGCGACAACCUCUCGCUGAACUGGAUCCCAACAGCCUCACCCCUUCUCCCUCGCAACAGCGACUGCUGCAACGCAAUCGGAACGCGUCUUGGGAACCGAGACUGGUUUCUUCUGCUCCUGCUUUGAGGCAAAGCACCACAAUGUCAGUUGCGCCCGCUAGAACAACAGACCGUACGGCUUUCCUGGCUAGAGCUUCUACAAUAUCGACCUUCCAGUCAGCGAAGAGACAACGACUGUGUUCGGACUCAAUGGACCCUUCGCCCACUCGAGAGGUCAAGCAAAGUCCAUUUUUCAGUGCCAAGGGCGAAGAGGCCAGUCCUCUGGCCCAGAAGAUCCGCAAGAGCAAGAGAAAUGCCAAGUCCAAAUUCGACAUCUUUUCAGAUCACUGGGAUGGAGAAAGCCUGCCUGAACCUAAAGUCCAGCAAGCGGCGAGUCCGGCCAAAGACGACACGGUGGCAGACUUGAGGGAGCCGGAAGUGCGAUGUUCAUCUCCGGGGCCUGAAAUACACGAAUCCAUACCACAAUCCUCUCCCGCAGCCGGAUCUCCAAAGCAGCCUUCGCCAUCAGAUAAGCCUGAGGGAGGCGGUACCGUAGCUGUGAGGGAAAUUAGCAAGGACGAUGACCCUGAAGCCUUUGAGGAUUUGCUCGAAUACCACGUUCGAAAGCAGAAUGAGUCGUUGAUGAAGACCUUUGCUUUCCAACCUCGAGAGAGCGGCAACUCCCUCACAAGGUCGCUAUUCCCUGCGGAGUUGAGGCAGCAGACGCCCUCUUUCCGAACAGAGACCCAGCUGGGUAUACCUAGCAAGUCGCCGAGUGCUAGAGACAUUCAGUCAUCUCGUCGGGAAGUGGGUCUACAACAGACCUUCGGAUUCCAACCACUCGAGGUGCAGCAAUCAGCUUUGAGGUCGCUGAACAAGCAACGCUCCCCCGGAGCAUCGUCUUCAACCGUGAUCAAGCGGAGUGAAACAUCUACGACGGAGAGGGAUACACGUGUCUCAACAGCUGUUUGGCGAAAUGCGGGGCGCGGGAGUGAGGACGCGAUAAUACCAAACAGCGAAGACGAAAGGUCGGAGGCCGGCUCACCAGCGCAGCAGCCCAAGUUUGAUCUCAGUUCAUUUGCAUUUGUACGAGCAUAA